AUGCUCUCUUUCUUCCCCUUGUUUUUCUCGUUCAUAUUCGGCCGUCAGCAGCUUCAAAUACAACCAGAUGUGUCAUCGGGAGUGAACCAGGCCAUGUAUCGCGAACCCUACUUUUCCCACGACCCCAACACUCGCAGGGAACUCCAGUCAGGUGAAGUAACCGCUUACCCCUCAUCCGGCGGCAUCGUCCUCGGCCACUUCUCCGCUGUUGAGCUCGCCCACCUUAACCUCUCCCGCACCAAACCCGCCAACCGCUCUUCAGACCCAGCCGAAGAAGACGAUCUCGCGCUCCGCAUGCUGCGUCUCGGCGCGCACUGGUGGCCUAGUUGGGGCCUCUACGCCCGCCACAAAAAACGCAUCAUCGACGGCAUUCCGUACGAUUUCCAUUUCCCGCCUGUUGUGAAUGUUGGGUAUCCCUCGUCGGGGAAGGGGGUGUGGGUGUUCAAGUUCUCUGCUGACAAGCGGACCUGGGACGAGGAAGAUGAACGAAAGCCGUAUCUGGAGAGAGAGCCGGACGAUUGGGCAGGGAGAAUCAGGAUGGUCUUAACGAUGGAUGAACGGUGCGAGGUUUUGAAGGAUUUUGGCGCGACGUUCUAUGAGAAGGUGGAGGACUGCGUGGAUAUUGCAAAGACGCUUCAAGAAGGUGUUGACAAGGGUAAACGGUACGAAGAACUGCUGAAGAGGAUGGAAGACUUGAAGUAUGUGGACAGGUGGCUUUCCGGUCUAGAGAAAGGAAAUGAUGCGAGCAUGAAAGAGGAAGAUUGGUGA